UAAAGGGCACAUAACAUAAACCCGACUUCAAUUUGCCCGGCUCGCCUGACAUCCAACGGCCAACGGCCAUUCUCUCUAUCCCACCAUGACACCACCAAGUCAAUCCCAGCUUUCCGCAAGAAUGAUCCAAAACUUCACCGGCCAAACUGACCUCGAGUGGCAUUGGGGCUACGCCUACCGUGUGGUCCCGUGCAAAAACGACCCGGGCUCAUGCGCCUACCUGGACGUCGUGUACUCCGCUCACGAUCGGGGGAUGCUUUACACCGGGAUUUUUUGGGCGACCAUCUUGGGCAUCUUGCUCGUUUGGGGUGUUCUAAGGCGACUUGGUGCUAGUGGGGGGAAUGUCUCCAAGUAUGAGAUGCCCCUCGAGGUUGAAAAACGGGCGCUUUUAACCGAGGAGGAGGUAGUCACCAAGCCUCGCUCGGUGGGGAGAUUCACCAGGGCGAUGAGGGCAGUGGGCGCCACGGGGAGGAGCUAUCUUCUCUCAAGCCGCGGAGUAGUGAAACCCAUAUUCGGCCAAGUCACCCGCCUCCAGGUUCUCAUCCUCUUGGUCCUAGUCGGCUACCUCACCAUCUGGACUUUCGUCGGCAUCGUCUACGGCAAAUGGAUCACACCCGUCAAGGGCCAGCCCGAACACGUCAAAAACACGCGCACCUCCCUGGGGCCAUGGGCCGACCGCAUCGGCGUACUCGCCUACGCCCUCACUCCGCUUUCGAUCUUGCUCGCCAGCCGGGAAUCCAUCUUGUCCUUGAUCACCGGCGUCCCCUACACCAGCUUCAUGUUCCUCCACCGCUGGACGGGCCACAUCAUUCUCGUGCAGUCGAUCCUGCACACCAUCGGCUGGGUCAUCGUCGAGGCGCGCCUGUACCGCCCGCAUCCGGACGUGUGGAACGCCUUCAUCGCGCAGACGUACGCCCGCUGGGGCGUGGUGGCGCUGGUGCUGCUUGUGCUGCUGUGGGUGGGCGCGCUGCAGUGGACCAUCCGCCGCACGGGGUACGAGUUUUUCAGAAAGGCGCACUACGUCCUGGCUAUGGUGUACAUUGGCGCCGUGAUUGGGCAUUGGAAGAAUUUGCAGUGUUUCUUGGUGCCCGGGUUGGUGCUGUGGUUUGUUGAUCGCGGUGCCAGGCUGGUGAGGACGGCGUUGCUGCAUUAUGGAUAUAUCCCCAGCCAAGGCAGGGUCGGGUUCGCGGCGGCGCAGGCGGAGAUGAAGUUUUGGAGGGACGAGAAGCAUGGAGAUGUGGUUAGGUUGGACUUUGCGCACCCGCAGAGGCCGUGGAAGGUUGGACAGCAUUUCUUCUUGUGCUUCACCGAGGGAAGCAUCUGGCAGAGUCACCCGUUUACGCCGCUGUCGUGGCCGGUGGAGGACGGAAAGGGUACUGUCACGCACUCGUACAUCUUGAGGGCCAAGGGCGGAGAGACGAAAAAGUUGGCCAAGAUUGUGCAGGAUAAACUCGCUGGUGCGCUGUCGGAGAAGGCGGUCACCCCCACGACCCCAGUUAUCCUCCAGGGCCCCUAUGGCGAGAGCAUUGUUGAUGGUGUGACCCCCGACGUCAACGUCCUCUGCAUUGCCGGCGGCACCGGUAUCACUUAUGUGCUUCCCCUCUUGAUCGACUUGCUUCGGGACAGGAACAUGAACCCCGCAAGGAGAGUUGAGUUGGUUUGGGCUAUGAAGAGGAGCGAAGACGUCGAAUGGGUUGAGCCCGAGAUGGAGGAGUUGAGCAGACUCGGUGCUGUCCAUGGUCUGAUCAUUCGCAUUUUCGUCACGGAUGAUGGUGAUGAUACCGCAAAGGGGACCGUAUCGGUCACUGGCUGCCGUGGAGAGUCGUCGCAGGAGGAUGAUGACAGCAUCAAGAGAGCGCCGAGGGCGUCUGCCCAAAGAGCCAGCUCCACGGCGAGAGGAAGGCCGGAUGUGACGACAGUGGUCAAGGAUUUCGUCGAAGGUGUUGCUCAAGGCUCCACACGCGUGUUUGGUAGUGGGCCUCCAGGCAUGAUUGGUGAGCUGAGAAACGUCGUCGCUGACUGCAACUCUGGCUCGAAGGUCUGGAAGGGUGAGGACCGCUUUGAUGUGCGGCUCGUAUGUGAUGACCGGCUGGAGUGGUAGUUUUCCUUGCUGUUUCUGAUGAGAUACCCCACUUUAAAAUGUCUAGUUGCAAGAUUUAGUGUACAAAAAAACGGCGAACUAUUAGAAUCCG